ACCUGCGGAGGAGAGAGAAGAAAAGGAGAAGAAAUGGAGCAGAUAUGAUAGAGAGGGUAAUUCUGGUCGUUGGGCGGAUAGAGAUGCAGAUGGAGACAGCGAUGGAGACUGGAGAAGAGAUCCUCGUCCCCCUAAGAAGGAGGAGGUAGAAGUAAGCUUUAAGGGCGCACGUGGCGCAAAGUUUUGUGCCUCCCCUGCAGAGGAGGAGGUCUCCUUUGCUAGUAUACGUAGGGGAGGGGGAGGGGGCCCCGGGGGGGGCCCCCAAGGGGGCCCCCAAGGGGCCCCUCGUAAAGAAGAGGAGGAAGCCGAUUUCUCUACUGCACGUAGUGGUAUAAAAAGAGCAGCAGCAGCAGCAGCAGCAGCAGCAGGAAGGAGCAGCAAGAGCCCACAGUCAGAGGAAGCAGAUUUUUCCUUAGCAAGGAGUGGUCUCCUUAGAGACAGCAGCAGCAGCAGCAGCAGCAGCAGCAGCAGAGGGGCAUUAGGGACUGGAUCCUUUAGGAGACAGCAGCAGCAAGUUGAUGAUACAGUAGAUUUCUCUGCAGCAAGAAAGGGAGGAAUAAAGAGACCUAAUGGCAGCAGCAGCAGCAGCAGCAGCAGCAGCAAAGAUGCUGCUGAUGAUGCCUCCUUUAGUGCACUCCGUAGCGGCGGCCUCAAGCAGCGCUCGGAGCAAGACAGGGAAAGAAGCAGAGGAAUGCGCGAAGUAUUUGCUGCUGUUAUCUCUAAUGAGCUGCAGCUGCCUACCCGCAGAGAGCCUGCUGCUGCAGCAGAACCAGCAGCAGCAGGAGCAGCAGCAGCAGAGCCUGCAGCAGCAGCACCAACAGAGCCUGCAACAUCAGCAGAGCCUUCACCAGCAGCAGCGCAGGCUGCACCAGCAGCAGCAUCAGAGCCUGCAGCAGCAGCAUCAGAGCCUGCAGCAGCAGCAGCAGCAGCAGAGCCUGCAACAGAAGCACCAAGCCCAGCGAGUACUGCUGCGGCAGCAGAAGAGGACAUUAAGGGGGAGAAGAGCAGCAGCAGCAGCACGAAAGGGGAUGCUGCAGCUGCAACAUCACCAGCAGCAGCUAGUGAACAGACACAGCAGCAGGAGGAAAAGGAGCAGCAGCAGCAGCAGCAGCAGCAGCGGCUGCAGCCCGCCUCUACAACUCCUAGCAGCGAAGGGUCUUGCGGCGACAGCAGCCGCAAUGCUGCGUCAGUAGAUGCAGCAGCAUCGGAUGCUGCAGCAGGAGCAGCAGCAACAGAGUCUCCAGCAGCAGCAGGAGCAGCAGCAGCAGAUUCAGAGGGCAGGUUUGUGCCCCGUUGGAAGAGACAAAGUGCAGCAGCAGAAGGGGAGACAGCUGCAGCAGCAGCAGCAGCAGCAAAGCCAAGUGUUAUAGAGAAGCCUGUUGUGCUGCAGCCAAUUAAGUUGUCUUCCCUAAGAGGGACAGGUGCAGCAGGAGGAGGAGGAGCAGCAGCAGCAACAGGUGCUGCUGCUGCUGGUGGCAGCAGCAGAUAUGUGCCGCCAUGCCGCCGUGGUGAUGCAGCAGGCAGCGGGGGAAAGGGACAGCAGCAAGGCAGCAGCAGCAGCAGCACCAGCACAGUAAGCCGUUUAUUGAGCUCAGCAGCAGCGCGGGAAGCAGCAGCAGCCGCAGCAGCAGCAGAGAAGAAGCAGCAGGAGCUAGCAGCAGCGCGUCGUCAGCAGCUAGAACAGAAACGUCAGCAGCAGCAGCAGCAGCAGCAGCGCAUGCAGCAUGCAUUCCGCUGCAGCAACCCCGAGGCCUUAGAAAAAUGCAUGCAGAAGCUAGAGGAUCUGCUGCUGCAGCAGCAAAAGGAGACAGGUGUCUCCUCGCAGCUAACCAAGGAGGAGACACUAGAUCUACUGUCUCCUUUACCUCAAGAGGACAUGGGGUCCUUAGCUGCUCCUCUUUGCUGCGUUGCUCUUGCUGCUAAAGUAGGUCUUACUGCAGCAGCAGCAGCAGAAGCAAGCAGCAGCAGCAGCAGCAGCAGCAGCAGCAGCAGCAGCAGCAGCAGCAGCAGCGAAUACCUACGCAAUAAAUGUAAACCUCUUGUUGAGAUAGGCUGCCCUCGUCUAUCUACAGAGACAUCAUUAGCAGAGGCCCUCUUUGAUUGGUUACUCUUAGAGAAUAUUAUACAACAAAGUGAAUUUGUUGAGUGGCUAGAGGACGUCAAUGAUGACACCCCUGGGCGUACAGCCACGAUGUUCCAGCUCUCUUCUUGGGGUUUAUGGCUGAGGGGUGAAUUAGGCUUAAGAGAUGAACCCAGCGAAUCAGAGCAAGAGGAAGAUGAUGACAUUGAGGCUCUAAUACCAAAGCGCAGUGCAGUAAAAGUAGUCAGGAGAUUAAAAUAA